UAUUGCCCAAUGCACCAUAUUUCGAGUCUUAAAAAAAACUGAGCCAGUGGACCAUUAGGAAAUAGUCUUAGAAUAAUGUCUAAGGUGGAUGAGUCGUGCCACCAAAAAUAAGAGUCCUGUCUGACCAAGAGCAUCGGGAUAAACAGACUGAGGUGGAAGUGGCCCUUCCGCUGCAGCAAACCCGCACAUCUGCUUUGGGGGCGAGUUUCUUUUUUUUACGCAAAGGAUGUGAGCAGGAGUGGCACUCGGGGGGCUUUAAAUAGGAACAAACUCCAAACUUUGGGACAACAGAGCAUCUGAACACUUCCAGCAGCUCGCAGUGGAAACCGCCGCUUUGCUCCAGGAUGGACGUGAACAGGAGACUUGGGAUGAGGGACACCGUGCUGGCGCUCUUACUCACGGUCCUCCAGGGGUUUCCUCUUGGGGAGACGGUCCCGAACCCGUCGCCGCUGGUUGGAUCCAACUGGGGGAACCCGAGGAGAUACGUUCACCUGCAGACGUCCACAGACCUCAACAACUUCUACUUGGAGAUCAGACUGGAUGGCACCGUGCGCAAAACUACCGCCAGGACUUCAUACAGUGUGAUUUUGCUGAAAGCUGAAACAAGGGAGCGCGUCGCCAUCCUCGGCGUCAAAAGCAGCCGCUACCUGUGCAUGGAUUUGGAGGGCAACCCGUUCAGCUCUCCCAUCUGCCUCAGGGACGACUGUCUCUUCAACCACAGACUUCUGGAGAACAACCGGGACGUGUACUACUCCAGCCGGACCGGCAUCCUCUUCAACCUGGAGGGCUCCCGGCAGGUGUUCUCUGCGGGGCAGAACCUGCCGCAGACCUCCCUCUUCCUGCCCAAGAAGAACACGGUGCCGCUGGAGCGCCUCCUGCUGCACAGGGAGAAGAGGAACCAAGUGGUGGAUCCAUCCGACCCGCACAGCGUCUUCAUGGGUCAGACCGAGGAGGGCUCGGACUCUCGGGCCGUGCCGGAGGACGACGCCGACCUGGAGGUGGAGGUAGAGGUGGAGGUGGAGGCCGGGGACGACGGGCGCAACGUGUCCCGAGAGACGCCGCUCGCUCCGCCCGCUCACGACCCCUGGAAUGCGCACUCGUCCAGCCCGGUCAGCCCGCGGAGCAGCGGGACCGUGGGGUGAUUUUAGUGCAGGCUGACACGUUUGUCUUCAGGCUGAGCGAGGUGAAAUUUGUAGUUAAGAUCAUAUGAGAGAAGAAAGACGGAACAUCAGGCUUGGUUUUGAAAAACAACGGAGAGCAUUCAGGUUUUUCCUUUUUCCACACGGACUAAAUAAUAUUUCCAUUGGUCCUUCAUUCAGAAAAUGCAGAGUUUAUAUAUGCAAAAUAUACAACUUGACUUGCAGCCCCGUUUGCACAACUUAAAGUGUUAAAACUCGAUUCUUUGUGAACCUCCUGCUUUGCGAUCAGAGUGGAUUUGAGUUAAAUGUGUGUGUUUUACGUGGAUUCAUCUCAUCAGUAAUGAAUAUUUUAUAUCUUCACAAGCAGGUUUGAUGGUAAAUGGAGGACAUGUGGCUUAAAUAUCUUUAUGUGACAACAUGAUUGAUCCAGAUCCACCGUAAUUAGCUUUAUUUAACUGGGAUUGUCUCCCUCUCAGCCUUUAUGUGAGAAACGGAAGUAAAAAGUGAUUGAACUUUUCAUAAAAACAGUUCGGCUUCUCUUCUCGUUGAGGUUUUUACAGCUGGUCUGAGAAACCCACAUUUCAAAGUGACAUUCAUUGCCCAUGUACCUGUGCAGGACUGAAUGCUGAUGUGAGACGAGGCAGGCGUGACUUUAAACCAAAAUAUGUACAUGAUUAUACUUAAGACUUGCAUUUAGUAGAGUUAAGGUUAUAUUUUAAAGUCCUAUGUUUACUGAGUUCAAUAUAGAAGAUUUCAAGUUUUUUUUAUUGAUGUUUUUUUAACCUAAAACAGCAACUUUGAACACUUUUCAAAACUACAGAUUAGCCUACAGCAUUUGUUGUGUUAAUGCGUCUAUUUGUACAAUCCGACUCAUGACUUGAAGGUGCAUAACAGGGUUAACAACCUUUACAGAACAGUAAUCUUGAUAUCAAAUCUGAACUCUUGUUAUGUGAUUUUUUUUUUACAGGUGCUGAGCACCACCAGCAAACACACAAACCAGUCCCAACGAGUAUUUAUUUAUUUAAUUCCAAUCCUUUCUUGUUAUUUAUGGUAUUUAUAGAGAUGAUUUACAUUUACAUGUACAUAACCUGUAGGAAAACAUGCUUUGUCUUUGAAUGUAUGAGCUGGAGUUGUGGAUAGAAUGUUGCUUGAAUUUGAGACAAAAUAAACUAA